UACCAUAGUAGCCAGAGCAGCUGGUGGCGCCUGUGGUCGCGGAGAUCUGCGAGUGUUUGUGCCGGGCCCAGGUGCGGGGCCGCAACUGGGCCGUGGUUGCGGUCUCCGGAACCCAGCCGCUCUCUGUGGCGGGGGGCACCCAGCCGGGGUCUUACUUUAGGAGCCCUCCCAUGGCUUCCCAGGAAAGGGUGGAGGCAGUGACCAAAGGAACAGGGUUCUGGCGCUGCCCCAAAUCGGCCACUUACACCCCAGGGACCUGCGAGCUGCUCAGAGUGAUGAUGAAGGAAUCCAAACUGACUAACUUCCAACAGCGCCACAUCAUGGACAACGUGAAAAGAGGAAACACUCUGCCCCUACAGUGCAGCCCAACAUCCAGCCAGAGGGCGUCGCCUUCCAAACAGCCAGCCGCAGCCAUCUACCUGCCUCCCAUCCUGGCGGCCCGGCCCCACCUGCGGCCUGCCAGCUUGUGCCAAGCCAACGGGGCCUACAGCCGGGAACCAUUCAAGCCUCAAGCCACCCGAGAUCUGGAGAAAGAGAAGCGAAGACUCCAAAAUAUUUUUGCCACUGGGAAGGACUCAGAGGAACGGAAAAGAAAGCCCCCUCCAGUGCAACAGGAGGCCUCAGCCCCCGAGCUGGACCGCUUUGAAGAAUUGGUAAAGGAAAUCCAGGAGAGGAAGGAAUUCCUGGCUGAUAUGGAGGCGCUGGGACAGCGCAGACAGUACCAAGGGCUCAUCCUUGCUGAGAUCUCCCAGAAACUACGGGAAAUGGAAGCCAUUGACCACAAGAAGAGUGAGGACCUUAGGAAGGCUCUUGCCACCCCUUGACCUGUCUCCAGAGCGAGAGACAAAGUAGCCCAUCCUGGACCACUGGAGCCCACCCCCUGGCCAAGCAGA